AGGACCAUGUGAACAUGGUGAAGGUGGUGGUCGUUUUCGAUUCCACCACGUGUUGAUUUUUAUGAAGUACCUUUUGCGUUGAUCUCUAUUCCGAAGGAAUGGACAAAUCUUGCAAUCGCUGUAUUUCACUUUUCAGCUUGAGAAGUGUCUAAGGGCAACUUUACUAGGUAGAGCCAGUGUGUGCUUACGAUGGCUGUCGCUCAGCGCCUCCUCGGAAGGACAGGUAUCCACCUUCCAGCACUGGGAUUUGGGGCCGCCCCACUUGGACAGAAGUUCUACAAGCUGACUGGAGACCCCAAGGAGACCGUGGACGCUGCUCUGAAAUGUGGAGUCAACUACUUUGACACGUCACCGUACUAUGGAGCAUCAGAGGAAACUCUUGGCAAGGCCCUGCAAGGUCAUGCUAGAGAUAGCUUCAUCGUGUCCACGAAACUGGGUCGUAUCGGACAGGACAAGUUUGACUUCUCGCCUAGCUGGGUAGAGAAAAGCGUGGAGAACAGCUUGAAACUUCUAGGUCUGUCAUACAUUGACAUACUCUUUUUACAUGAUGUGGAGUUCCUCCCAGAUACACGUCCAAUAAACGAGGAAUCUCUUCCGGCCCUGCAGAGGCUGCAGAAGCGUGGUCUAGUGAAAGCCAUUGGCUUCAGUUGUUACCCGCUGGAAACAGUACGGAAAGUGCUUGCGGGGCCCAAUGCUGAUUUAGUGGAUGUUGUACUAACAUACGCACACAACAACCUGUUGGAUGACUCGCUACAAACAUUGCAUGCUGAGCUCGAACAGAAAGGUGUAGGUCUGAUCGAUGCCUCCCCGCUGGCUCUCGGGCUGUUGCGGGACGAGCCACCACCUGAUUGGCACAAAUCACCGCAGGAUCUGAGGAAGGAAUGCCAGACUAUUGCAAGUGAGCUGAGUGCGCAGGGCCUUUCACUGCAAGCCGUUGCGUUGAAGCAUGCGAUGCAGACCACGCCAGGGGCGUCACUUCUGAUUGGAAUGGCAAGUCCUGACCAAGUGAGACAAAAUGUCGAGGUACUCCAGCAGGCUAAGUCAAAGCAAUAUUCUGAAAUUGCCGAGCAAGUGAAAGCAAGACUCGCCCCAUGGAAGGGUGUCGACCUUUCAUAGCCAGAUAUAGCCCAGCUUCAAGGGCCUAUGGCCAGUUUUGCCAUAGCAACAUGCGCCACCCAGGUGGUUCUCAUCCAAACCCAAACAACUAUUACUUGGUAAGAUUGAUCAGUACUGGGCGGUUAGCUAUUGCACAAAGCUGUGAAACAGGAGGACAUUUGUGUGUCUUUAACUUUUAAGAUCUCCUGUCAAUCUUUGAAUUUCACGGUUGUAGGGUGUCCUUAAAGGGGAAGUUAAAAAUUUCA